CAUAAUGGCAGCAAAUUUGGGCAUUUAAUUUUGCCACCGAACUUCCCCUCUCUCUCUCUCUCUGCCUUCUUUCAUUGAAUCAUUUCCCUUGCCGCUCGCCUUCCAUCAAGAUUUGUUCCAACGAUAAAAGCUCUGCACUCCCGGACUCCCCCCAUCACUUCUCUCCUACUCCCCAUCCAAUUUCUUCUCUUCUCCAGGAUCCCAAAACUCAGGAGUCAGGACAUUCAGCCAUGGCUGCCACCGAACUCAAAUCUGCCGCCAUUCUUGAUCUCCUCAAGGCCUUCCUCGAGACAGACGAAGGCCUCCAAGUCAGGAAGAAGGUCAAUCUCGUCUACCAGUUCAACAUCGCCCCCAAGAAAAUUGGGUUCGAUGAGGUGAUUUUCACAAUUGAUCUCAAGACAGGCCAGGUCACUAAAGGUCCAUAUGAAGGAGGGAAGCCUGAUGCUGUGUUUUCACUUAAAGAUGAGGAUUUUAUGAAGCUUGCAACGGGGAAGAUGAACCCUCAGAUUGCUUUCAUGAGGGGAGCACUGAAGAUCAAGGGCAGCCUAAGUGCUGCUCAGAAGUUCACCCCUGAUAUCUUCCCGAAGCCGUCGAAGCUGUAAGGAGGAGGAGCCUGCAGAGUUGGUUUGGUUAAUUUGUCUGCUUGAACUACUGGUCUUGUUAGAAAAGUGAUUCAUGACUCCCUUUUUCUCGUCUAAUAGUUCCAUUACAAUGCCACAAAUGUCCCAGUCUAUUUCACAUCGGACUCAUGUAUGAGUAGUCAUUUGCGUAGAAGGGGUUUGAUUGGUGUGUUACUUUGGAGACAAGUUUUAAGUGGAUCAGACAUUCAGACUUCACAAUCAAAUGACGUUCACCUU